GAACCAAUCAGCAGCCGUAUUUGUCAAUAUAAAAGGUUCAGCUUGCAUUUACUAUUAUUUAUUUUCACAAUUGCCACAAAACCGAAACGAAAUAGUUAAAUUACCGCUUUUACAACAGAUUACAUAAAAUGAUUAGACAACGAAGAAAAAGAAGUGCAGAUGAGAACUUAGUAGCUGCACCAAAGGACAAGGAGAAUGCUGACCAGGAUGACAAUCCACCAAAACGGCGUAGUGCACGCUUGACGCGUAAUACACGCUCAAUGGCGGAAGAUGACAUUGUAAUCCCAGAAAAAAUUGAAAUCAAACGCAAGCUAACAUUCAUAAACUAUAAGGGCGCAAUUAAAUACUACACAGAAGGCCAUGACAUAGCUGAGGCGUCAGACUUGAUAUUCCAAUGGGUAGAGAAACAAACACAUAUUGAAUUGGUGCCAAUGGCUUUUGACAUGGAAUGGCCAUUUUCGUUUCAAACUGGACCCGGUAAAUCUGCCGUAAUACAAAUUUGUGUCGAAGAGCAUUGCUGUUACAUAUUUCAAUUGACCAAUUUGAAACGCCUGCCAGCUGCGUUGGUAGCGCUGUUAAAGCAUCCAAAAGUUCGCCUCCAUGGUGUCAACAUAAAAAAUGAUUUUCGCAAGCUGGCUCGUGAUUUUCCGGAAGUAAAUGCAGAUCAUCUUAUUGAAAAGUGCAUUGACUUGGGUGUGUGGUGUAAUCAAGUCUGUCAAACUGGUGGACGCUGGAGUUUAGACCGCUUGGCAAAUUAUGUUGUGGAGAAAACUGUAGAUAAAAAUAAGAAAGUACGUAUGAGCAAAUGGCAUGUUAUACCACUGGAUGAGAAUCAGCUUUUGUACGCAGCUAUCGAUGUCUACAUUGGACAAGUUAUUUAUCGCGAAUUGGAGAGACGUGAGCAGCUUAAGCUCAAAAACGAAGUGGAAUUCAAAGAAAAAAAUGGCGAAUCUGCAUUUAAAGCGCUUAAGGCGUUAGGCGAGACCUUUCUGAAUAAGGCUGAAGAGAUUGCCGAUGCCACAAAGAAGGAAGCUAAAACAAUAGAGUGACAUAUAGCAUGAAGUGAUUAGUGGUUUGUUAGCAUUUCAAUUAAUACUUUAUACAAUUUGUUUUUAGUAAUCACAUGCAUGCAACUAAAUUUUGUACUCUAUCACUUAUUUAUAACCUGAUUAGUUUAAUUAUUUUUUUAAUUUUAUAUACAAUUGACUUCUAUUAUGCAAAGUGUUAAAUCAAAAUGGUUUUUAUGAAUAAAGUUUAAAUGGCCAAAAUA